AUGCCUUCUCCGGAAGGUGCACCUCAAUCCGGCCGAGGCGAAGGCUCCAGAGGACGCGGUCGUGGCCGUGGGCGAGGCGCUGGUGGUCGCGGAAAACGAGGUCGAGGAGGAGCAAAUGCUCAAGCGACUACAACUCCCGCAAAUCCAGCAGCCCAAGAUGUCGCUGCUGCCGCUGCCGCUGCCAGAGCUCACAUCCUGAAGCAACAAACCCAACCUGCCGAAUCUAACACAACCGGUACUGCGGCACCCCCCGAUGCUGACGAUGAUGCUGAUGUCUGCUUCAUCUGUGCUAAUCCUGUGGCGCACCAUUCCAUUGCUCCAUGCAACCAUGCUACCUGUCACAUCUGUGGUUUGCGCAUGAGAGCCCUCUAUAAGACAAAGGACUGUGCCCAUUGUCGAACUCCAGCUCCGUUUGUCAUCUUCACCGACGAUGCAGAGAAGCGAUUUGAGGACUAUACCGAUAACGACAUCACCACAACCGACUCCAAUAUCGGCAUCAAGUACACAAAUGAGGACAUUGUUGGGGACACUGUGCUCCUGCUGCGAUACAACUGUCCCGACGAAUCUUGUGACUUUGCGGGUCUCGGAUGGCCAGACCUGCAUCGACAUGUUAAAUCAGUGCACCGUAAGCGAAUGUGCGACCUUUGCACCCGUAACAAAAAGGUCUUCACCCAUGAACACGAUCUCUUUUCCGACAAGGAACUCGAGAAGCACAUGCGACGCGGCGACGAUAAGCCAGGCGCCGCUGACCAGACGGGCUUCAAAGGCCACCCCCUGUGUGGCUUCUGCGGUGAACGUUUCUACGACGACGACAAGCUGUAUGAGCAUUGCCGUAUGAAGCAUGAACGUUGCUUCAUUUGCGACAGAAGCGAUUCACGGCAACCACACUACUACCUCGACUACAACGCGCUAGAACAGCACUUCAAGAAGGACCACUACAUCUGCUCAAACAGCGAGUGCUUGGAGAAGAAGUUUGUCGUUUUUGCCUCGGAAAUGGACCUUCAGGCGCACAACCUGAAGGAACAUGCGGGCAAAGCUGCAGGCAGGGACGCUCGACUGGUCGACAUGUCAUCCUUUGACAUUAGACAAUCCUACCAAAAUGAGAGACGCGGAGGUCACAGAGACGGUGGUGAGGGACGCGGCAGAGGACGUAGAGGUGGUGGCAGAGGCAGAGACCCUAACGAGGAUGCCGUGCCGCCAACCUCUGCUCAGCCAUUGCGAAGAGAUGAACUUGCUCUGCAGCGUCAACUCGCAAUUCACUCGACGCAGUCUGUUUCGAAUCGAACCUUUGGAGGCCAGCUCUCAGCGCCUGCUGGACAGUCAUCCAGCGCACGACCAACAUCAUCUGGUACUUCAACGCCGACUCGAAACGCCGCCAUCCAAAAUCAAAACGGCCUCGUUGACUCCAUAAACUCUCUCACCAUCACAGAUACCUCCAACAUGUCGCCAGAAGAACGAGCUCGACUUGUCCGACACAGCUCCGUGGUUGAGCGAGCUGCCAACCUCCUCGGCAAUGACUCCAAUAAGCUCAACACCUUCCGUCAACACAUCUCAUCCUACCGCCAGGGCGGAUUCACUGCUCCACAGCUCAUCGACGCCUUCUUCACCUUAUUUGCGGACGUCUCAUCCAAUGCUCUGGGCACGCUGGUCCGCGAAGUAUCGGAUCUCUUUGACGACAAGAAGAAGGCUGAUAGCCUCCGCGCAGCAUGGCAAGAUUGGCGCGCCAUCAACGAAGACUACCCCAGUCUCCCCGGCCUCAGCGGCAUGCAUGGCGCAACCUCAAGUUCAAGUGGAUGGGCACACGCGGCCACCGCCAACCCAGGCUUACCCAACGCUGCUCCGGCACAGAAGCACUCUAACCGGGUGCUCCGUCUCAAGAACAGUACUCGUCUCGGUGGACCAGCGCCGGCAACCGUCAGAACAACACCGGGUUGGAUAUCAUCCCCAGCCGUCCAACCACCAUCCGCCUCCUCUUCAUCCGCAUUCCCCUCUCUCGCGUCAGCAUCGACAUCGACAUCAACACCUGCCUCCCGCUCAACAUGGGCAUCAUCAACUUCCCAACCGCAACAGCCACGAACCGCCAUCCCCCGAAACCAAGAAGCCUUCCCCUCCCUCCCCGCGGCACCCAAGCCAACCACCACCAUCUUCGGCUACGGUUCCGGCAGAGGCGUCCGUAGGGACUACGGACACGCUGAAUCCAAUUUCCAGUGGGGGAACAGCUCGUCUGCCGUGAACACCCCUCCUAAUGAAGAAGAGGAAGAGACGGGCAAGGGCAAGAAGGGCAACAAGAAGGGGAAAAAGGUACUUGUACAAUGGGGUUAA